AUGACCUUCGCCCGCGCAGCUGCUCAGAAGAAAGGAGCUCACUUGGCGCAGCAUCCGCAGUUCCAUGGCACAGAGGCGCACGCAGACGAACGCAAGACGCUCAUCGGCAACACCUGGAGUGGUGACAUGGCUUCUCUCACAACUCGCAGGGCUCUGCAGAGGCCACCACUGGAUGCUCCUGCAGUUGAGGGGAGCAGUGAGGGAGGCCAGCGGCUGGUGGAGAAGCUCUUGAACCUGGUCAGCAUCAAGGGCGAGGAUAUCAUGGUUCAGGAGUUGUUUGACGCCUUGAACUUCGCGGCAUUUUACCUCCACGAAGCGCUGCCCGAUGCGCCUGGCGGACGCGUCCUGUCGCCCGGUACAGUCAAAGCGGAUCCGUUGGACGUGAUCCGCGGGGGGUAUUUGGACACGGACGUGGUGGUGACAUCGGAUUUGGCUGAGCUGGCCUCGUUCAAUUUGCACGGCUUUGCAGCUGGUGCAGCAGAGGAUUGCUCACAGCGGAUGGGCAAAUAUUUGGACUUUGAUCGCAUGCGGUCCAAGGCGCUCCAAAGUGAGCUGCCAAAAGGGCUCCAAGCCAGAAAGAAGGGUUGUGUGAUCAAUCGUGGCGUGGUGUUGUUGGACCUUGCAGUUUGGAAGUCUCAGAACAUCACGGGCAUCAUUGAAGAAUUGGUGCGAUUGCAUCUCACCAAAGGAAAAGGCCCUCUGUGGCGCGCGGGCGUCUCCCAGCCGCCCUUCCUGAUCGCGCUGGCGGGAAAGUACUAUGACCUGGGUGCGGAGUUCAACGUGCGCGGUCUGGGCCGUGGAGAUAUUGCGCCUGAAGAGGUGGGCCAUGAUCCAAACAAACUCAGGUGGGACCCGUACUUUGACAAGUUCUUGUACAAGUGCAAAUUCCACUGCUGCCCAGGAUGUAAAGGCUGGGCUUUGUCACCCUACAUCUCAGCCUUGGCGCAGAAGGCGAAGAUUUUGCACUUCAAUGGCCGGCUGAAGCCCAGCCACGCCGGGAAGCGUGGCCUCGAGAGAGUGGCGCCACCCGGUGAUCUAGGGGAGGCCGGGAGGGUGACGAGCGCGCUGCUCGUGAACAACGGCCGCUGUGCAGCUGUGGAAAGCAGAGUGCGCUGGACUUUGGUGGCAGUAUCUGCCGGAGUGAAAAUGACAUGCCAGGCUGCCCAGCAGUGUGAAGUCCAAGCAGACAGUUCUGAACUGUCAUGCCAGAAGCACUUGUUCUCCUUGCCGGAAGGGGUGGUGUAUCUCAAUUGUGCCUCGCGAUCGCCCAUGCUUCGCUCAGUUGAAGAAAUAGGUCACAAGGCGGUCUCCUUAAAGAACCAUCCCUGGCGCAUUGCGGAUGAUGGCAUUGCAGACCAAGUUCGAGCGCAGUUCGCCCGGCUUGUUCACUGUGAUGCCAAAGAUGUGGCUUUGGUGCCCUCGACCUCCUAUGCGAUUUCUCAGGUGGCUCACAACAUUCUCAAGCUCGGUCACAUUCGAGCAGGCGAAGCAGUCAUCAUUCUCCAAGAUCAAAUGAGUUCCAACGUUUACGCCUGGCAACGCCUUUGCCGUGAGGCCUCAGCGCGGCUGGUGGCCGUGCCACGAGGAUCGGAAUCUCAAUGGAAUAAAGCUUUGGAAGAGAGCAUCCGUGCAGAAACUGCUGCAGGCCAUCGGAUCGCUGUGUGUGCGGUGCCGCACUUCUUGUGGACCGAUGGGUCUCCGGUGGAUCUUCCACACUUGAGGAAGCUCUUGGACGACGCGGCCGGUACCGCUGCUUCGCGCUCGCUGCUGGUGGUCGACGCCACACAGUCUUUGGGUGUGGUUCCCAUCCAUGUGAAGGAUUGGAAGAUCGAUUGGCUGGCCUGUUCCGUGCACAAGUGGCUCUUCGGACCCUACGGACUCUCCUUGGUCUAUGCCUCUGAAGAAUGGAGUAAUGAUGCGAAGACAGAGCCUAUCGUUCAGGAUGAGCACAACCGCCUGGGCGCGGAUGGUGACGUUUGCUUGGCCUUUGACCUGGCACGCCCCGGUUACUCGGAAACCUUCCAGAACGGCGCCAAGAAGUUUGAUGCUGGUGGGAGGAUGAAUCCGAUUCUUUUGCCAAUGGUUGCUGGGGCCCUUGAACAGGUGCUCCAAUGGCAGCCCGAGCGCAUCGCUGCGAAGCUUGAAGUCCUGACGCGUCGCUGCGCGGCCGCUGCACGGGCCUUGGGGCUGCAGGUGCUGCCGCAUGCGCCGCAUUUCUUGGGGAUCCGGCCACCUGUCGGGCAGGAGUUUUCGGACGCUUGGGCUGAUGCCGCUGCGGGAUACUUGAAGGAACAUGGCAUCCACGUCUCAUCCCGCGCUGGCUGUCUUCGUGUGGCGCCGCAUUUGUACAACACCGAAGAGGACAUUGAUAUGCUGCUGGAUGCUCUUGAUCGUUUUCAAAGCCACAACGCGCCGACCGGACCAUGUCCGAGCCGUGAAAAGGAGCGUCCGAGUGGUGACUCCAUGGGGUUUGGCGCAGGACACCGACCUGCUUCGUUGGAGUGUAGAUGGUGGUGUGUUCACGGACCGUACUUGGUGUAG